AUGCUCUCUGGUGAUGUUAACAUUCAAUCUGUAUCUGGAAAGCCAAAUAAUACAUUCUUUAUAGAUAGAGAUGGAACUCACUUUAGAUACAUAUUGAACUCUUUACCCGAUGGUGACACAUCCAUACCUGAUUCCAUCAAGACUGAAGAUCAAUUUAAGAUUAUCAGUGGAUGGUUAGGUGGUGUAUUAAGUUAUGAAUUGAUUUACAAGUCAUGGAAUAGUAAUGGUGCAUACUAUGGUGAUAACAAGUGUUUCAUCUAUACAAUGGUGAAUAAAAAUAAUAUUCAACCUACCAAGUACGUACCUGUUAACACCAACAUUGUCUUUGGACACAACGGUUGUGGACCAACCUUUAGUGGUAAUGACCUCUACAUCAGCAACCAAUGCAAUGUAAACCAACAAAGCUAUCAAAACUUUCCGAAUGGUUACGCUGACACCACAGGAAAAGCUAAAGCAACAUUCGCAACAACCUAUAACUUUACUGUCUCUGAAAUCGAGGUAUUCAAUAGUCAAGAAGGGAUCCCUUAUACUCUUGCCUUUUUUAGUUCCCCUCCUCUAGGAUCAAAAGAAACUUUUAAAUUCACAAAAAUCAAUUUAAAAGAUGGAAGUCUCAAUAAAACUUUGACAUCACAGAAUAAUUAUAAUAUUAUUAGUGUUACAGAUUAUGAUGGUGUAAAUUGGUAUGAUUUCCUAUUUCAACAAAUUUAUUUAAAUUCCCAUCCAACUUUUGGACCUGGUUCAUUUUCAGACCUAGGAUAUGGAUUUGAUACUUUUUCAGAUUAUUAUGGAAAUGGAAUGGGUGUUUUUAAUUUUACUAAACAAUUUGUACCACAAUCCAAAGUAACUCUUGACCUCUAUCUCCCAGCAUGGAAUCACAACAAUUACAACCUUGACAUUCUUACUUUUGAUAAUUACGAUGCCAGUAUUGACCGAUUUUAUUAUAAUAGAACUGGAUUUGUGGUUGAUCCAAAGUAUACCAAUAGUUUGGUUGGUGCACUCGACCAAAAUACAGGACUAUACUAUGUUAACUACGUCACCGACAACACUCGAUCGAUUUUGGUUUUCAAUUCACUGUCCACCGAUCAGCCAGUUAAACAAUAUAAAUUCAUAGAGGAUGUAUCCUCUGGACUGUCAAGCCAAGUCUACCUUUUGUUCACAUCGAUCGGCAACAUUCUCUACAUGGUUGAUACUGGCAAUCAAAUGAUUUCUCUCAUUGCAAUCGAAUUAUCUGAUUCAGCGAUGACAGCACAAUCCAAGGUAGUUUACUCAACUUCCAAUGCGUUUGGAUCGCCAAGUGACGGUCUACCAUUUGCAUACACCGAGAAUACCGAUAGACACACUACCUCUGUAAAAACACAAUACAACACAGCACUAUGUAUCUCUGAUGAUCCAAAGAUAAUAAUAAAUUCAACCAACCAAUGUCAAAAAAAAGAAUAUUUUAAAUUGAAAUUAAAACCUUUGCCAUAUCAAGAGUCACAUUACCACGAUGCCAAGAUAAGCGGUGAAGCAUGCUACACAAAUAUAACAACUGAAGAGACAGUUAGAGAGACCUUUAUCUUUGAGAGCGGUGCAAAAACGGAUCUGUCAUCGCGAUGGAUCAACCAGGAUGUCAAUGCUCAUAAAGUCGAUGUCUACCUCAAAGCUCAGAAUUCAAAUAAUAAUAAUAACUACACAUUGAUAGAUGUACAAACACGAAUUGAAUUCAUCACUAAAACAAACGUUUAUAACGUAACCAUUACCUAUUCAAUAACACCUUUAAUCAAAUAA